AUGAUCCUAUACAAGGCAGACGACACCCUGAUGUGCAAGGUACUCGAGAUGACUUUGCGAGGAGCAGCUCAGGACUGGCUCCACACUCUACCAUCUGCAUCCAUCGACAACUUCAAAGAGUUUGCCCUCAUUUUCACAAAUGAGUACACCUUCUACCAUAUGGUCAGAAAACAACCAAACUACAUAUUCAACCUGCACAAGAAGCUUGACGAGUCUCUUCGAGACUACUAG